ACAUUAGAAUUCAACCUUAAAUUUACAGCAUGUUUAUCAAGGAAGGCUGAGGCCAAAACUUUAUUAAAAGUGGUUUCUUUGAAUUGCAGACUUGCAGGCUGAUCGUUCUCUGAUGGUUCUGUCUUCUGUACUCACACAUGAGAGCCUAAUAGUACAGGGGUUCUGUUGGAUGUGUCUGCUGUGAGGCAUGACCCAUCUCAGAGUGUUCGUCAGGUUCAACUCUAGCCAUGGUUUCCCUGUGGAGGUUGGUUCAGAUGCCAGCAUCCUCCAGCUGAAGGAGGUGGUUGCCCAGCGACAGGGAGUUCCAGCUGACCAGCUGCGGGUGAUUUUUGCAGGGAGGGAGCUCAGCAAUGACUUGACACUGCAGAACUGUGACCUGGCCCAGCAGAGUAUCAUUCAUAUUGUUCAGAGUCCACAGAAGAACAGUCCAAACAAGGAUGAGACAGGAAAUAGCUGUGCUGGAGGUAUUCUAAAAGCCUUGGGAAAAGAAACUGAAAGUCUAACUCGCAUAGACCUCAGUACCAGCAUCCUCCCAUCACUCUCUGCAGGACUGGCUGUUAUUCUGGAUACUACAAAACCCAGCAUUUCUCUUCCCUCUGAAAAAUCAGGUGUGUCUAAUUACAACAGCUUCUAUGUUUUUUGCAAAAGUAUCUGCCAGUCUGUGAAACCUGGGAAACUCAGGGUCCGCUGCAGUGAGUGUAAACAAGGAACACUGACGUUGACAAGGGGUCCAUCUUGCUGGGAUGAUGUGCUGAUGCCCAACAGAAUAAGAGGUGUUUGCCAGUCCCAAAGGUGCAACGGAAAUGUAGCGGAGUUUUACUUUAAAUGUGGAGCACACCCAACCAGUGACAGUGAAACAUCUGUGUCUUUGAACCUCGUUACAACAAACAGUCGCUGUAUCACAUGUAUAACAUGCACAGAUAUUAGGAGUCCUGUGCUUGUGUUCCAGUGUGUGCAUCGCCAUGUCAUUUGCCUAGACUGUUUCCACUUGUACUGUGUGACUAUGCUGAAUGACCGCCAGUUCAUCCAUGACCCAGAGCUUGGCUAUUCUCUCCCUUGUGUAGCUGGCUGUCCAGACUCCCUGAUUAAAGAGCUUCAUCACUUCAGGAUUCUGGGAGAAGAACAGUACAACCGCUACCAGCGCUAUGGGGCUGAGGAAUGCGUGCUGCAGAUGGGAGGAGUGCUGUGUCCAACUCCCGGCUGUGGAGCAGGUUUGCUUCCUGAACCAGGAGUGAAGAAAAUUGUAUGUGAACCAGGCAAUGGAAUAGGCUGUGGGUUUGUGUUCUGCCGUGAAUGUAAAGAAGAAUACCAUGAAGGGGAAUGCAGCUCUCUCCUCAGCCUGCAGGGAGCUAUCGCCCCGAAGGGAUAUGUAGUUGAUGAACAUGCAGCCAUGCAAGCUCGAUGGGAAGAGGCAUCUAGAGAAACAAUCAAGAAGACAACUAAGCCAUGCCCCAACUGCAAUAUUCCAGUAGAGAAAAACGGUGGCUGCAUGCACAUGAAAUGUCCUCGCCCUCAGUGUAGAUUUGAGUGGUGCUGGAACUGUGGCCUGGAGUGGAACAGAACCUGCAUGGGAGAUCACUGGUUUGACUAGUGGUGCUGAGGCCAGCCUGUGUUGCUGCGUAAAGCUUGUUUUCAUCAGGGCAAACUUCUGAACCCCUUGCUUAAACGAAAUUACCAGUGGUUUCAGGGUCACAGAGUUCAGAAGUUGGCCAAGUUUGUUGGUUUUUGCUUUCUUGCACAUGCAAUCAUACCAAAAUCGCAUUGAAGUUUUUAAAUCCACUAAGUAAAAAGAGUAACUGUUUUAAUGGACAAACUUGCCCAUUGUAGUACAAAGAGGGGUAAACUACACCUUUCUGGACUUACACAGUCUGUCUCAUGGAGAGCAGACAAAGUUCCAUUAGGAACUUUGCUUGACAUUUACAGUUAGGAAUCAACAACUCUUGCAAGAGACAGCAGCCUGUAUAUGUGUGUGUGAGUGUGUGUGUGUCAGCGGGGUUGGAGAGUGUCCCCUGCAUCAGCUGUUUUGUCUUUGCCCACUCCUUUGCUCAUUCAGCACGUUUUUUGAUUUUGAGGCAGUAUUUCUUAACAGCUCUUUUAGCACAGGGAAGACUGUGGCUCUUCAGUGUUUUCUCAGGGUUCCUUCCUAAUUUUAACAGGGUUCCUUCUGUAGGGGUCUUGCUUUCUAGCCAAAUUCUAACACAGAACAUCCAGCUUUAUGCAAUACUUGUGCUUGUGUAUUUCUAACACACCACACGAAACCUGCCUACAUAUUCAGUACAGACUUUGUUACCAUUGGAAGACGAACUAAGGAUGCAGUUUCAGUUCUAACCAUGACCAUUGUUGCAGUGGUUCUGAUUAAGUGUUGUGCUUACAGCAGUACUUUGGACAUGGCAAGGGGAGGCAGGACUUCUCAGGGGUUUUCCCUACCAUCAUUCUCCAAGUAGAAUAUGGUUGUAUUUCUGAAAAUACAUUCACAGCUAAAUACAUUCACUGAGGGGCAGAAAGACAUCUUUCAUUUUACAAUGUUAACACAGUAAGUAAAGCUUACUAGCAUUUCCAAGCCUGAACAAUCUUACUGUUUUACGUGCUUUACACACUGUCUAUUCUGAAAUGAAAUGGAUACUGUCCAUAUCCAACAUGCCACUAAGGAUUUGCACAAUUCAGUUUUGAAAAACAAACAAACAAAAACAAAAGACAACACGAUAAAUGCAGUGGUCAAAAUGUUAAAUUUUAUUUCCUUUUUCAUUUGAAUAAAAAGUGAGUACAAA